AUGUCGGAAAUUUCUAUAGGUCGUUAUUUAUUUGAAAGAUUAAAUCAAGUAGGGGUUAAAACAAUCUUUGGUUUACCUGGGGACUUUAAUUUGUCGUUGUUGGACAAGCUAUACGAGGUGCCAGGGUUGAGAUGGGCUGGGAAUGCGAAUGAGCUAAACGCAGCUUAUGCCGCCGAUGGUUAUGCCAGGGUGAACGGGAUGGGGUGUUUGGUAACCACUUUUGGUGUUGGUGAAUUAUCCGCGAUUAACGGUAUAGCUGGUUCUUAUGCUGAGUGCAUUAGUGUUUUACACGUAGUGGGUGUACCAUCAACCAUGGUUCAGGCUAAGCGGCUGUUGUUGCACCAUACCUUGGGUGAUGGUGAUUUUACAGCUUUCCAUAGGAUGUAUCAGCGUAUUACCAAGACAACUGCCAUCCUUUCAGAUGAUGCUACAGCAGCCUCUGAAAUCGAUAGAUGUAUUAAAACUUGCAUAAUGACACACGGACCUGUCUACUUGGGUGUGCCAGCGAAUAUGGCUACCGCUACUAUAGAUGCGUCUUUGUUGGAGACUCCAAUUGACCUGUCGCCAGAGCUUAAUGACCAAGAUGCAGAAAAUGAAGUGAUUGAUGCUGUUUUGCAUUUGAUUCAGAAUGCUCGAAACCCAAUUAUUCUUUCUGAUGCCUGUGCUUCCAGAUAUGAUAUAAAGGAAGAGAUCAAAACGCUAAUUGAUAUUACCCAGUUUCCAACUUAUGUGACCCCAAUGGGUAAAAGUUCAGUUAAUGAACAACAUCCAAGGUAUGGUGGUGUCUAUGCAGGUUCCAUAUCUAAACCAGAAGUGAAGAAAGCUGUUGAGUCUGCUGACUUGAUCCUGUCGAUAGGGUCUUUGCUAGCUGAUAUGAACACCGGUAACUUCUCUCAAUCCUACAGUACCAAAGACAUCGUCGAAUUCCAUUCUACUUUUACUAUGAUCAAGAAUGCCACUUUCAAUGGUGUCCAAAUGAAGUUUGUGCUGCAGAAAUUGGCUGAGAAAGUAGGAGAUGUUGUGCAAAACUACGUACCCGUUCCAAUCGCUUCUAAACCAAGCCCAAACAAGCCCCUAGAUCCUUUAACACCACUGGCACAACAGUGGUUGUGGAAAGAGGUUAGCACGUUCUUGAAAGAGGGUGAUAUUGUCAUUGCAGAGUCUGGUACCCCAGCUUUUGGUAUUAACGAGGUCACACUCCCGACUGGCACGCGCUGUAUUUCACAACUCCUGUGGGGGUCAAUAGGAUAUACUGUGGGAGCCUGUCUUGGCAUUUGCCUUGCUACACAGGAAAUUGAUCCAAGUCGGAGAGUUAUAUUGUUCAUCGGUGAUGGAUCUUUACAGCUGGCUGUACAGGAAUUAUCAACAAUGAUCAGGUGGGGAUUAAAGCCCUAUUUGUUUGUAUUGAAUAACGACGGAUAUACUAUAGAAAGAUUGAUACACGGCCCUGAAGCUCAGUAUAACGAUAUUCAGCCAUGGAACCACUUGCAGCUGUUACCGGAUUUUGGUGCAAAGAAUUACGAAGCUGUCAGGAUAUCUACAGUAGGUGGAUGGAGUCAGCUAACGCAAGACCCAGAAUUCAACGAAAGCUCCAAGAUUAGAUUGAUCGAACUGAUAUUACCAAGACUAGAUUCCACAGAUGCCUUAGUUAAGCAGGCUAAGAUGAUUACUGAUAUUAACUCCAAAAGAUAG